AUGACGGUCUUCAUCGCGUCUCUCUUCCUCCCUUAUACGGUCAACUUCCGAGUCGACAAUCCCCGCGAUCGCCCCCCGGCCACUCCUCCUCUGCCCAAUUCAGCGGCCGACACGGUGCCUCCUCUUCCCGCCGCUGCGGCCAGUCUAUUCGAAAAGAACAACUCCAAAGCCCAACCAGGGCUCACACCCGGUGCGACCACAGACCACGAGCGCAUCUUUGCCAGCAACCUUGCAAAGGCUGAGAAGGAAAAGGUUGAAUAUCCGUUCCCACCGUCUUCCCAAGAGAACCAGCUCCUCACAGAAAGCGAAGCCCACUCCCCAGCAUGGGGUGCAACGACUUCCCUCAACCAGCCGCUCAAGGCACCGACCCUCAUCUCCCCAUCUCCAUCCAUUCUAAAACACCAGGAUCCCAUCAUCGCACCGAGUGAGAAGUCAGUACCACUGAAGACCCCCGACUCGGCGCCCGUGCCUUCACUCGGUGCCAAGAAGCCCCAGAAUGGGGAUCGCAAAGCGUCCUUCUCCAGGGCGGAAUGGACAAUUGAGACUGCCGAGCAAGGAAAUGGUGGUUUACGCAAUGCAGUUCGAUCUGCCAAGGAGUCGGGAUACCUGGGGGAUAUGAUGUGGGUAGGUACCCUGGGAAUGCCCACGGAUGCGCUGGUGAAGUGGACGCGCAACGACAUUGCCGAGAGACUGAAAAAUGAGUACAAUUCAUUGACGGUGUUUGUCAAUGACGGCGAUUUUGAUGGUCACUAUACCCAUUUCUGCAAGACCAUCCUCUGGCCCGUCUUCCACUACCAGAUCCCGGAUAACCCAAAGAGCAAGGCCUAUGAGGACCACUCGUGGAUCUACUACGUGAAGCUCAAUCAAGCAUUUGCAGAGAGCAUCGCCAAGGAUUGGAAGCGCGGCGAUGCGAUCUGGGUUCAGGAUUACCACCUCCUGCUCGUUCCGGCUAUGCUUCGCAAGAUGCUGCCGGAUGCGCAGAUUGGCUUUUUCCUGCACAUUGCGUUCCCUUCUUCCGAGGUUUUCAAGUGCUUGGCACCUCGCAAGGAGCUUUUGGAGGGUAUCUUGGGUGCCAACUUGAUCGGUUUCCAGACUGAUGAAUAUUGCCGGCAUUUCUUGCAAACUUGCAGUCGCAUUCUGUGCGUCGAGGCUACGAAUGAAGGCAUCCAGAUGGAAGAUCGCUUUAUCAAUGUGGGAACCUUCCCAAUUGGUAUCGAUCCGACGUCCUGGGAUAAGCGUCGUAAAGCGGCGGAUGUCGAGCGAUGGGUCGAUACAAUCUCCGAGCGGUACCGUGGCAAGCGAUUGAUCGUCUCGCGAGAUAAGAUCGACUCGGUUCGGGGAAUUCGUCAAAAACUCUUGAGCUAUGAGCUGUUCCUCAACACCUAUCCUAAAUGGGCAGAUAAAGUGGUUCUCAUCCAGGUUGCGACCAGUACCACCGAACAGCCCGAGCUGGAGGCAACCAUUUCUGAUAUUGCCAUGCGAAUCAACUCCACCCACUCAACUUUGGCACACCAGCCUCUGGUCUUCCUCAAGCAAGACUUGGCUUUCCCUCAGUAUUUGGCCCUCAUCACGGUUGCCGAUGCUCUGAUGAUCACCAGUCUGCGCGAAGGCAUGAACCUGACUAGCCACGAGUUUGUCUAUUGUCAGGAUGGUAGCUAUGGUGACAAGAAAUAUGGGUCGCUCAUUCUCAGCGAGUUUACCGGUAGUGCAUCCGUCUUCGGAAACCAUGCACUUCUGGUGAAUCCCUGGGACUACAGGCAAUGCUCGGAGGCAAUUCAUACAGCGCUGACGCGAGACGAGAAGAAGCGCAAGGAGGUUUGGGAGGCGUUGCACCGCGCUGUGCUGCAGAACUCGACUGCCAACUGGGUGAAGUCAUUCAAUGAGACACUCACGAAAGUAUGGAACGAGCAAUCGUCUCGGGAGAUCAUGGCCGUUCCACGACUCUCGGUACCUCGACUCAUCGAGGAGUACCGGCAGACUAAGCGCCGACUCAUGAUCGUAGACUAUGAAGGCACUCUGGCCUCGUGGGGAUCUCCACGUAGCAUCAUUCUAACUACCCCACAGCGCGCCAUCACGACUCUUACUGAACUGACCGAUGACCCCAACAACAUUGUCUAUGUAAUGAGUUCGCGCAUGCCCGAGGAGAUGGAACGACUCUUCCGCCAGGUUAAUAACCUCGGCCUAAUCGCCGAGAAUGGCUGUUUUGUGCGGGCGCCCAACGCAGACGAAUGGACACAUCUCGCCGACAAAGACCACAUUGAAAACUGGAAGCCAUCGGUCGCUCACAUUCUGUCUUACUUCAAAGAUCGCACGGAGGGUAGUUGGAUCGAGAAGCGCCACUGCUCACUCGUCUUCCACUACGGCUCGGCCGAAGACCACAGCGUCGCAGCACGCCUUGCAGCCGAGUGUGCGGAUCACAUCAACGAUGCCUGUAAGAACCAGGGCGUACACGCGAUCCCUGUCGAGGGCGCGCUAAUCGUCGAAACUGUCAACACGGAUAAGUCUUCGGCCACGGAGCUUGUCUGGCGAUUGUGCUUGGAGGAUGAAGCUGGCAAACCAGACUUUUUAUUGAUUAUUGGCGAUAACCGUGAAGACGAGCCCGUAUUCCGCUGGGCGAAUAAAUUGCACAAAGCCAAGGCUGUCGAUUACGCCAUGACCGUCACUUUGGGGUCGCGUAGUACUGAGGCCAAGGCUACCUUGACUCAGGGAGUAACUGGCGUUCUAUCCUGCUUGCAGCAACUGGCUGCACCAUCAGACAAAACAUCUGCACCUGCGCGUUGA